AUGGCGGUGAAGAGGACAGAGAAUGAAUCAGAUGCAGAUGAACCAGCCGGCAGAAGAGAUGACAUCUCACUGCAAGAUAUGACUACUACUGCCGCAGCCGCAAGAGAUGCAGGAGAAGAAGGAGAUGUGGCAAUGAAAGUGAUGCUUUCACAGCUCAUUGACAUCACUGCCUCUGCCUUCAAUCUGGCUUUCUUGACAGUCACAGAGGCCGCAGCCACAUCAUGA